AGGGGCCGAAAUGACCCUUUCUCCGUGUGGUUUAGGCCCAUAUCGGGUUUUACAAAAGGGCAUUACCGGAAUAAGAAAUUCUAAGAAGAAUCGUACCAUGAAUGAAUACUAACGAGUUGCGUUCUUCUUAUAAGUAGCAGCGUCCAGUCCCAAAAAAGACUUUAAAUAAAUAAAUAAUAGUGUAGCAUUUGCAAUGAAAGGAGUAAAAAAGCAAAAGAAAAGGAAAGAGAUAGUGAAAGAAAGAGACUGCGAAGAUUGGUGCUUCAUUUGCAAAGAUGGCGGAGACCUAAUUCUCUGUGAAUAUCGUGAUUGUUUGAAGGUUUAUCAUCUAGUUUGUUUAAAAGAAGGUGAUUCCAUGGUAACAACUAGAGAACACUGGACUUGUGCUCGACAUUCUUGUAUAAAAUGCCAAAAGUCCUCAAAGUUUCACUGCUAUUGUUGUCCUAAUGCUGUAUGUGAACAAUGCAUCGAAGCCGCUGAGUUUGCACAUGUUAGAGGGAAUAAAGGACUGUGCAGCGACUGCUUAGAACUUGUAUUGCUGGUAGAAGAAGAAGAUUUGUACACUGACAAGGGCAAGAUAGAUUUAAGAGAUCGAAACACUUAUGAAUGCCUGUUCUUGGAGUAUUGGGAUAUCAUAAAGGAAGAAGAAGGCUUGAAUUUGGAUGAUGUUUAUGCAGCAGAUGACAAGCUGAAAAAGGGUAAUUUUCCGAAACAUAGCUUCAAGUCAAAGACAAUCAAAUGCAAAAGGGACAUUGAACUGAUAUCCUCUGAUAGUGAUCUGGAUGAUACUAAAGACUUUGAAACAAUUGAGAAAAGGAAAGGGACAAAGGCAGUUGAAUUUACAGGAUGGGGAUCAAAGCCUCUAAUUGAGUUUCUUAAAUCUCUUGGUAAAGAUACUGCAAAAGAGUUAUCACAAUAUGAUGUUCAUUCAAUCAUCUGCGAAUAUAUUCGGGAAAAAAAACUUUUUGACCCCAAGAAAAAGAAGAGGAUCCUUUGUGAUGAAAAGCUUUUUUCGGUUUUUAGGAGGAGGUUUAUGAAUAAGAAUAAAAUAUAUAACCUUUUAGAAGGUCAUCUAGUUGAGAACUUAGAUCAAUCAGAGGAGGAUGACAAUUUGCUAGAAAUUGAAAACUGUUCAAAUAACAAAAUUGAGAAAACAUUGGCGAGCUUCAAGAAGCAGAGAACUGCAAGCCCUGAUAGAACAUCUCAAAAGAUGGAAGCUCCAGCAGUUCAAGAAAGUCCCUUUGCAUCUAUGGUUUCAGAGAAUAUGAAACUUGUCUACUUAAGGAGAAGCUUAGUGGAGCAGCUGUUAAGUGAUCCAGAAAGUUUUGAAAAGAAGGUUGUGGGAAGUUUUGUGAGAGUCAAAAUUGGCCCAAAAGAUUGCACACGGAGAAAAUCUCACCAGCUUUUGCAGGUUACAGGGAUGAAGCAAACCUCAACAACUGCUGAAACUAAUGGUCAAAUUGUUUUAAAGCUUUUCAAUGUUCCAAAAGAUGUUAGCAUUUCAAUGCUGUCUGAUGUUGACUUUUGUGAGGAAGAGAUUGAUGAAUUGAGACAACUAGUGGAGAAGGGGUUACUACCAAAGCCUACUGUUGUAAGUCUUCAGCAACAUGUGGAGCUUGAACAGAAGGCUAAAUCUCUGCAUGAGGAUAUAACAAAAGAUUGGAUUCAGAAAGAAUUAAUCAAAUUGCAAAAGCGCAUUGAUUUUGCUAACGAGAAGGGAUGGAGGAGAGAAUUGCACGAAUAUUUAGAGCAACUAGAACUGCUGAAGAAACCAUCUGAGCAAGAACGAUUGAUAAAACAGCCAUUUAAGGUUAUUGCAGAGCUUGUUGAGCACAAAACUAGUUUGGUUGAGUUAAUUGAGGUUGCUUCAGAAGAAUAUGAUUGAUCACCAGUCAAUUCAUGUGAGGCGCUCAGAAAUGAAGCUUUUUGUAGUAGAUCUUAUCGAGCACAAAACUGUUGGAAGACUUGAUUGAAGUUUCUCCAGAUGAAGUGCAUCGAUCCUUGUGGGGGAUCUGUGGGCACUUAAAGCUGAGAUGGAUCUUCUUUUAGCAAUAAUUUGGUGGCAAAGAUGUGCAGUUUUUGAGAAUCGAAACUGCUUAGCAAUUUCUGCAUUUCCCUUGUUAUCUCUCCGCUAAAAUGCAUUUAUUGCAAGUUACUUUUUCACUCCCUAUGCUUGGUAGAAAGUUCUGCUAUAUGUUAGAGAGCGGCAUAUUUUUGCAAGUCUGACUAGGAACUGUUACAUUUGAUAAUGUAUUGACCUUUCUCUUCUAUUAGAUGGAAUUGGAAGGAAUAAGGUGUAUACAGGGGUUAGUACUUUUUGUAAAUACCUUUAUAAGUUAUCCUUGCAAGAAGGGAAAAACAAGAGAUACUUUUGAUUUUCA